AUGUCUGCCAGUCGUAUCCCUCAGAAGGUGACUUCGACUGCGCUGUUCCGGAUAUUGAAUCCAGAACUUUUUGUUUGGCCUUGCGAGGAUAUUGAUGAAGAACGUCUUAUAGCCGAAGCCGAAGCUAUUCUAGAUCGCAAUGAAUCGCUUAUCAAGUCAAAUGCUGCUGAUCAGCUACAACUUAGUCCAGGUCAUCGAGCUGUCUUUAUCGGUCGAGCCCCUGUAGACUCACAGAGGUCUCACAACCAGAUUCAACCAACACAUAGCAACUCUCACGUGGCUAGUAUUUCCUCUGACUCUUCUAUAUCCUCCUCUUCCUUCUCUGAGGUCGAUCCCAGCCAUGCAGACUCAGCCUUGACACAACCAACCUCCGUCGCUGUCGUUGCCGGUGGUGGUGACGUUGGUAAUGUCGGUGCCUCUUCAGAGACUGGUGUUGGCUACACCACGAACUCAAGAGCUCUUCUUGACCCCUAUGACACUUUCUGGUGGGAUUAUCCUCAUCUCUUUCAGGUUCGACCCCUGCCACCAGUGAAGAAGCCUUGGAGCCUCGCUAAAAAGGCCUUGGUGACCUUUCUCACUGCAAGUGGGACCUUCGUCAUCUACAAACUGGUUGUCAAAGCACCAACUUAUGAAGGCCCCGAAGUGGAUCUACGGGGCAAGAUCAUUGUUGUUACUGAGGCCACCAGUCGAAUGUCACGAAAUCUCCUUGAAGAGCUAGCAAAACGCAGGGCCACUCUGGUGCUAACAUCACGUUCUAUGGAUGAUUGUGAGAACACGCGUAGUCGCUUGAUGCGAUGGGUACCAGGAACCGAGGAAGUUAACAUAGAUUGUCGUCGUUUGGAUUUGGAUAGCUUGCGGUCAAUACGUCGGUUUGCAGGCGCUAUCAUUAAAGACUACCCCAAGGGUAUCAAUCGUCUGCUCAUCCAACCACCGGGUCUUCUCUCCGGUGUGAUUCCCGGUGAACGAAGGCUCACUCAUGACGCCUUCGAGCAUCAACUGGGCACAAAUUUUUUCUCCUUUUAUCUUCUCACACGUCUCCUCUUGCCUUCUAUGAGCGGUCAAGAUCGGGACGCCAGGGUUGUAUUUACCAUUGACACACGUGCUGCUGGGUUCGCUGAAGCCUCGGCUGAGAAAGAUCCCAUCACCGGUGCUGUGCGUCUCCCAAUUGAUAAUUGGAACUGGAACGAGGGUUACUCUCCCUCCGCGGGGUAUCAGAGGGCACAGUGGGCGCUUCGUCUCUUCGCUGAUGAGUUGGCCAAACGGACAGCCGAAACAGGCCCAACCGUGGUAAUAGCUGAUCCCUUGGUGAAUCGGACCUCAUCACCUCCUGAACUAUCCGGUGAAGUGAAUUGGAUUGCCCCUCUGCGAUGGUUUCGAAACAUUGGCAGGAGCUACCUCAAUCUAGGCCACCUAAUCAUCCGCAUUGCCCCCCAGCGCGUCACAGCCACAGAGGUGAUGUGCACAGUGGCCACGAUGGAGAGCUUGGGGCUAUUGGAGGGUGUCGCCACUGAAGCACCUACUUUCCAAAAGUUGAAAAGGAAGGAGCCGCGGACCGACAAUGUGGACAGGUCUGAGGCCAGAGAUCUACUGUGGAGAUUGGGGGAGAAAUGGACCCAUCUGGAUACCCAUCCCGAGCCCGUGCCCCUACCGCCUAGAUUUUGA